CUCAAAGCUUUGGGUGCUUCACCUGCUUUGCUGAGAACCUCACGACUAGAAAGCAGCAGAUCGCAUUGCAAUUGGGAAGGCAGUGGCUGAUUUGUUGGUACCAACAUGUCGAUGGGUUUGGAGAUUGGUGGUGUAGCCCUAUCUGUCCUGGGCUUGAUAGGCACCAUCUUGUGUUGCGGGUUGCCUAUGUGGAAAGUGACUGCUUUCAUCGGCUACAACAUCGUCACUGCACAGUUCACCGGGGAAGGGCUGUGGAUGAACUGUGUGACCCAGAGUACUGGCCAGAUGCAAUGCAAGGUCUACGAUUCCAUGCUGGCAUUGGCACCGGACUUACAGGCUGCUCGGGCCUUAAUUGUCAUUGCCAUUGUCCUUGGAGUGAUGGGGAUACUCAUUUUCCUGAUGGGAGCACAGUGCACUCGCUGCGUUGAAGAUGAAUCUGCAAAAGCCAAGAUCACCAUCACUUCUGGGGUCAUCUUCCUGCUGACAGGCAUCCUGACUCUCAUCCCCGUCUGCUGGUCUGCCAAUCAAAUUGUCCGCGAUUUCUACAAUGUAGCAGUCCCAGCCCCGCUGAAACGCGAAAUAGGACCUUCACUCUACGUUGGUUGGGCAGCAGCGGCCCUUUUCCUUUUUGGAGGAAGCUUGCUCUGCUGUUCCUGCCCACCCAAGGAGGAGAAGUACAGACCCACCCCCAUGGUCUACUCUGCACCCAGGUCUACUGCUAUGAGCUAUGACAAGAAGAACUAUGUAUGAAGUGACAGAAUAUCCCCAUGGUUGUAAGUGUUGCAUGCCUACAAGGAUGGGUUAAAUUCCCCUUUGCUUGCUCAAGAAGAAGAAAAAACCUCCAUCAAGAUUUAUUCUCAUGUUCAAUGAGUAUUUGUACAGCGAUGGUCUGAAUGACUCCCUUUUCAUGGAGUUCUUAAGAAGGGGAAGGAACUUGCCUGGCCUCAUUUGUCUUUGUUUGCCUCUGAUAUAAAACAUUCUCAGACUUUCAUUGAACACUUGCCUGGUGAGACCCCAUCCCUAUUGCUCGAGCUUGGCCUUCAGCCUUCCCUUCAGGGGUCAAAAUGACUGCAGAUGGUUAGUAUAAAUCGGGAAGGAUCAAGUGGAUUGCUUCUUUGAAUGAUGGUUACUGUGCUGUUGGAUUUCCCCACCCCCACCCCCCAUCGCUCGGCUCCCAACUUUGGACACCUGUGUUUUCUAACCACGUGUGGUUUCUGAAAGAGAGCCCUUCAAGCAAUGGGGGAAGAAUAGGAUCAUUGGCUGGACAUGGGGAUAAGGACAUUGUCAGCACUUGGGGUGGCUGGACAAUUGUUGAAUAUUCCUGGGACAUGGGUGGCCAGUGGCAGAGAGUAUUCUUUCCCUAAAGUUUUAUCUGCAUUUACACAAUAUACUAAGAGUGCUUAGCUUGAAUCAUGGUUAGUUUGGAGGCUAUUGUGUUGCACAAACCCAACCCAAUUGCUUAAUGUAUGAUUCGAUGCAUGUUUGACUCUGGAGAAAUGGUUCAAUUCGGUACCCAAGUGAAAUGCGUUGGGAGGACACGACCAAUGAGCCUUUUCCACAUUGAACAGCAAGUCCUGUAUUUGAGAUGGUGGGGGUAGCAACUGCCUGAGGAAAUUUGUCAGCUGCGUUUGAGCAUCCAAGCAUGGGGGUUUGUGUGGAUGAGGAAUCAAGAAGGCUUCUACUCUUCCUCUUCUCAUUCUGAGUCUUUUUAGAAGGAGGGCAAGGUCUGCUCUUCCCAUCAUAAAGAACCAGCCAGCCAUGAAGGUACUGCUCCUUGAAUUGCAUGUUUGACAGCAACUGGUGGAAGGGAGGGAGGUAUAGAACUGCCAGUGGCCCCUCUAGCCAAAUAAAGUUUCAUUUCCAGACACUUGUGUCCUUAGAAAUCAUGUCCCCAUCUUCUUUUCCAAGAUGAUACAGAGAGGGCACUUGCUGGCAAUGGGCUAUAUGGGUGGGCAGAUGGGAUUUUAUUAUACAUAGCUGAGGGUAAGCAUGAUUCCCUCUUUUAUUCUGUAUAUAUAAUAAGUUACAGUGUGUUUCCUUCUUUGUUCCCCCAAUAAAACUGUUUG